GCCCCCAGCCGAGGUCCGUGCGUUUGCUUUCGUAACAGCUCGAGGCCUAGAAGGAAAGUUGAAGACGUUGGAAAUUUGGCGUUAAACAGGGAAUUAUCUUAGGACUCAUCUUUGCGACCGAAACUCGAGUGCGCAUCUGAAUCACGGGGACUUAGAGUGAUUAUUACAAUGGAAGAAAUCAAUAAUUUCAAGACACCAAGCAAAUUAUCUGAAAAAAGAAAAUCUGCAUUAUGUUCAACUCCAUGUAUAAAUAUUCCUGCCUCUCCGUUUAUGCAGAAGCUUGGCUAUGGCACAGGGGUAAAUGUCUACCUUAUGAAAAGAUCUCCAGGAGGCUUGUCUCAUUCUCCUUGGGCUGUGAAAAAGAUUAAUUCUAGAUGUAAUGGUCAUUAUCAAAGUAUGUAUCAAAAGAGACUAACUGAUGAAGCUAAGGUUUUAAAAAGCCUUCAUCAUCCAAACAUUAUAGGUUAUCGUGCUUUCACUGAAGCCAGUGAUGGUAGUCUGUGUCUUGCUAUGGAAUAUGGGGGUGAAAAGUCUCUAAAUGACUUAAUAGAAGAACGAAAUAAAGACAGCCAAGGUCCUUUUCCAGCAGCCAUAAUUUUAAAAGUUGCUUUGAACAUGGCAAGAGGAUUAAAGUAUCUGCACCAAGAUAAGAAAUUGCUUCAUGGAGAUGUAAAGUCUUCAAAUGUUGUAAUUAAAGGUGAUUUUGAAACAAUUAAAAUCUGUGAUGUAGGAGUCUCUCUACCAUUGGAUGAAAAUAUGACAGUAACUGACCCUGAGGCCUGUUAUAUUGGCACUGAGCCUUGGAAACCCAAGGAAGCUUUGGAGGAGAAUGGCGUUAUUACUGACAAGGCAGACAUAUUUGCUUUUGGCCUUACUCUGUGGGAAAUGAUGACUUUAUGUAUUCCACACAUUACUCUUUCAGAUGAUGAUGAUGAAGAUAAAACUUUUGAUGAAAGUGACUUCGAUGAUGAAGCAUACUAUGCAGCUUUGGGAACUAGGCCACCUGUGAAUAUGGAAGAACUGGAUGAAACAUACCAGAAGGUGAUUGAGCUCUUCUCUGUAUGCACUAAUGAAGAUCCUAAAGAUCGUCCUUCUGCUGCGCACAUUGUUCAAGCUUUGGAAAUAGAUAUCCAGUGAUCUCAUAUUCAUAACGACCUGAGCCUCAAGUAUGGCUCAUGUAUAUAACUGUUCUGUUUACUAUGGUAUACAUUUAUAUAGUUACUAUGAUAAUCCAUAUUUAUUAGACUAUUUGAAAGUGACCUGUUUUAGAACCAUAGCACCUUGUUAACAUUUGAAAAACUUUCUAUUAUAAAGAUAUUUCAUGCAUCCUUAUGAUCAGCAUUUGAUAUUGUAGUGGGUUUUCUAUAAAGCUUAAGAAACUUUUAAGUUUAAGGAACAAGUAUUGAAACUUCUUCAUAGAGAUUUAACAAAAAGCCUUAAACUCCUAUGUCUAACAUUAAUUUAGGUAGAGGAACCACUACUUUUAUUAAUGAUCAUUCUUGAAUAUUCUGUUUUAAUGGACCUAUUUAAAUUAGCACUUCGUAGUAUAAAAUAAGUCUACAUUUGACUGUCUUUUAAACUUUGCUGGUCUUUCUUAGCUGAUGUGCUUAUUAAAUACAGUCACUGGAAGCUGAGAGGAUAUGGCUCAGAGUAGCUCCUUGGGUAUUUCUAGACAUUUCCGGUUAAGGCUUCUUACCCUCUUGGUUCUCCCCAGAUCGUUGGUUUUUGCUUUCAUUUAUUAAAUGUUAUUUCUGUACUGAGAUUUUUUUUUAUUUUUUACUUACUAAUCUAGAUCUUAAGCAUUUUACAGUUCUGGUGUAAAACUAAUAAAACUAAUAGGAUAUAGAAUAAAAGGAACUUUGGUUACCAGAA